AUGGUAGCAUCCAACUGGGCGUUCGCAGCAUUGGUAGCAUCUAUUGGCUUGAUAUCCAUCUCGGAUUCUCGACCCAACAUUCUUGUCUUCUUCCCCGAUGAACUGCGCUUCGACUGGGUCAAUAACGGCACGGACACUGACUUUCUUCAGACCCCAAACAUCGACAGUAUCCGCGAGCGCGGUCUCCACUUCAAGCGCGCAAUCACAGCCUCCCCGUCUGUGGGCCUUCACGCGCAUGUUUCGCUGCUGCCAGUCACUACAAGGAAGAAGCUGGUUACCACACGAUGGCCGUCGGUAAACUCGACUUGA